AUGCAUGUCAUCAAACGAGAUGGGCACCAGGAAGCAGUCAGUUUUGACAAAAUUACUUCCCGCAUCCAGAAGCUUUGUUAUGGGCUGAACAGUGACUUUGUUGACCCUGCUCAGAUUACCAUGAAGGUGAUCCAGGGUCUGUACAGUGGAGUCACCACUGUGGAGCUGGACACUUUGGCUGCAGAGACCGCUGCAACCCUCACUACUAAACACCCCGACUAUGCAAUCCUUGCUGCCAGAAUUGCCGUGUCUAACCUGCACAAAGAAACUAAAAAAGUAUUCAGCGAUGUGAUGGAGGAUUUGUACAAUUACGUCAACCCCUUAAAUAAGCGUCACUCUCCCAUGAUCUCCAAGGAAACACUGGAAAUUGUCCUUGAAAACAAGGCUCGCCUUAACUCAGCCAUCAUUUAUGACAGAGAUUUCUCUUACAACUUCUUUGGCUUCAAGACAUUAGAGCGAUCCUAUCUGCUGAAGAUCAAUGGAAAAGCUGCGGAGCGACCCCAACACAUGCUAAUGCGAGUGGCCGUCGGCAUUCACAAGGCAGACAUCGAUGCAGCCAUUGAGACGUACAACCUGCUGUCAGAGAAGUGGUUCACCCACGCCUCCCCGACUCUGUUCAACGCAGGCACCAACAGGCCUCAGCUGUCCAGCUGUUUCCUGCUUGCCAUGAAGGACGAUAGCAUCGAUGGUAUCUACGACACGCUGAAGCAGUGUGCCCUCAUCUCCAAAUCGGCUGGAGGGAUCGGACUGGCGGUGAGCUGCAUCAGAGCGACUGGCAGCUAUAUUGCAGGGACUAACGGCAUCUCCAACGGGCUUGUUCCUAUGCUGCGAGUGUACAACAACACAGCCCGUUACGUGGACCAGGGUGGCAACAAGAGGCCUGGAGCCUUUGCUGUGUACCUGGAGCCGUGGCACGCGGAUGUGUUUGAGUUUUUGGAGCUAAAAAAGAACACUGGUAAAGAAGAACAAAGAGCCAGAGACCUGUUCUUCGCCUUGUGGAUCCCUGACCUUUUUAUGAGGCGAGUGGAAAACAAUCAGGACUGGUCGCUCAUGUGCCCCAGUGAAUGUCCAGGUUUGGAGGAGUGCUGGGGGGAGGAGUUUGAGAAGCUCUACAUUCGGUAUGAGAAGGAGGGCAGGGCUAAACGCGUGGUGAAGGCUCAGCAGGUGUGGUACGCCAUCAUCGAGUCGCAGACGGAAACCGGCACGCCGUAUAUGCUUUACAAGGACGCCUGCAACGGCAAGAGCAACCAGCAAAAUCUGGGCACCAUUAAAUCCAGUAAUCUGUGCACCGAGAUCGUAGAGUACACCAGCAAAGACGAGGUUGCAGUUUGUAACCUGGCAUCUAUUGCCCUCAACAUGUACGUCACCCCAGAGAAGACCUUUGACUUCAAAAAGCUGGCAUCCGUUACUAAAGUCAUCGUCAAAAACCUGAACAAGAUCAUUGACAUCAACUACUACCCAGUACCUGAGGCUGAAAGGUCAAACAAGCGUCACAGGCCAAUCGGAAUUGGCGUGCAGGGCCUGGCGGAUGCAUUUAUCCUCAUGCGCUACGCAUUUGAAAGCCCAGAGGCUCAGCUGCUCAACAUUCAGAUCUUUGAGACCAUUUACUACGCCGCCCUGGAGGCCAGCUGUGAGCUGGCAGCAGAUUACGGCUCUUAUGAAACCUAUGCCGGUUCUCCUGUCAGCAAAGGAAUCCUGCAGUACGACAUGUGGGGGAAAACCCCAACAGAUCUCUGGGAUUGGAAAGCCCUCAAGGGAAAAAUUGCUCAACAUGGUGUAAGGAACAGCCUGCUUAUGGCCCCCAUGCCCACGGCGUCCACCGCCCAGAUCCUGGGAAACAAUGAGUCCAUUGAACCGUACACCAGCAACAUCUACACUCGCAGGGUGCUGUCAGGAGAGUUUCAGAUAGUAAACCCUCACCUGCUCAAGGACCUCACAGAAAGAGGUCUGUGGGACGAGGACAUGAAGAACCAGCUGAUUGCUCAAAACGGCUCCAUACAGGAUAUUGAAGGAAUCCCUGCAGAUUUGAAGCAGCUCUAUAAAACAGUCUGGGAGAUCUCUCAGAAGACCGUCCUGAAGAUGGCUGCAGAUCGUGGAGCUUACAUCGACCAGAGCCAGUCUCUCAACAUUCAUAUUGCUGAGCCGAACUAUGGUAAACUCACCAGCAUGCACUUCUACGGAUGGAAGCUGGGCCUAAAAACUGGUAUGUACUACCUGCGCACAAAACCAGCUGCUAACCCCAUCCAGUUCACGCUGAACAAGGAGAAAUUAAAGGAGGCCCAGACAACCAGAAGUGCAGAGGAGGAGCUCCGAGAGCUCAACAACGCAGCCAUGGUCUGCUCCCUAGCAAACAAAGAUGAAUGCCUGAUGUGUGGCUCCUGAAGCUUCUAACUCCACAACACCCUCGCUAAUUAACCACUGAUGGUGGUGCUUAUUAUUUAAAGGAUGACAAUGAAAACGCCCACUUACCUCAACUCACAGAUGUUUUCCAUUUUUAUUUAAUUUUUAAUGCUUUUUUGUAAUGUUUUGUAUAGUCUUUUUUAAAUGAACUGUUUUAGCUGAAUCAAUGCAGUUCUGUUGCAUGCUAACAAUGAAUUGAAUGCUUAGUGUUUUAAAAUGUGUGGAAAAUAAACGUUUUCUUCAAUAAAUA